GGGGUUCUGUUGGAAUAUACGUCGCACAUUUAUGGCGAUUCUGAGCGUGAGGGCAGACUUCUGCCAGGCCCAGCACAGCAUCCUGGCUGACAAGUGAGCUCAGCACAGGGGGAUCUACGUGCCAUAAUAACUCUGCCUUGAAGACUCCGGACACAGCGAACACACUCAAAUAUAUGGGAUAUCUUCUGCCCAUUGGAAGCAUAUUCCUUUUACUGACUCUAGCAAAACUAAGCGUCAAGAAAACAAAGUGGAGAGAAAAUCUGCCCUUACUUUUUUGCCUCACCAGUGCCUAAAUGUAGAACAGGCUGCCUAGUCUUGCAUGUAGUCGGAAUUUUUGGAGUCGGAAGGAUACCACCUGCAGUAGUUGAGGCUGAAGUUGAAUUCAAGCGGAUUCUGAAGCAAACCUGCUCUUCUAGAAGCGAAUUCUUUAAGGAACAAAGCCGUCAAAGCAAGCUCUGAUCAAUCCCAGGCAUUUUAGUGGUCUUUUUAAUGUGUUCUGCUGUGAAACGUUUCCAAGGUUAUUGAUUUUUUUUUUAAAAUUUUUUUUCUUUUAUUGUUUUGGCCCCUUACACGUUUUGUUUGCCAUUAUGAACCGUCCAGCCCCCGUGGAAAUUACUUACGAGAAUAUGCGUUUCCUGAUCACUCACAACCCAACCAAUUCAACCCUCAGCAAGUUCAUAGAGGAGCUGAAGAAGUACGGAGUCAGAACCUUGGUGCGAGUUUGUGAAGCCACUUACGAUCAAGCUCCUAUUGAAAAAGAAGGAAUCCAAGUUCUAGACUGGCCAUUUGAUGAUGGAGCACCACCCCCACAUCAGAUAGUUGACGACUGGCUAAACCUGUUGAAAACCAAAUUCCGUGAAGAGCCUGGCUGCUGCGUCGCUGUUCACUGUGUCGCAGGGUUGGGAAGGGCUCCUGUACUGGUUGCACUUGCUCUCAUUGAAUGUGGAAUGAAGUACGAAGAUGCAGUUCAGUUUAUAAGGCAGAAAAGGAGGGGAGCUUUCAAUUCCAAACAGCUGCUUUACCUUGAGAAAUACCGACCUAAGAUGCGAUUACGCUGCAAAGAUGCCAACGGUCACUGCUGUGUUCAAUAAACAAAACAAAAAAUAAAUCUCAAACGAAGGCAGAAGUUAACAUGGCUGGUUUCUGGACUCUUGGCACCUGGAAAUGUGAAUCUGGAAUCAAACUACGUCAUCAAAUUAGUGGUGAAGUCAGUGCUCCUCAACCUCUGUCCU